GUAAACACAAGUCCAAUGUUACGUUGGUAGCUCUGCUUAAUUGUGACGUGUCUGUGUUCUAUCAUCAUCUGGCUGUCAGCAUAGCAAGGGAUUGUGGUCAAUUCGGCACUUCUCUGUCUGAACAGAAAGAAGUCCAAGAGAGCACAGUCUGAGCGGCCCCUCGGUGUCACACAUUCAUCUUGAGGGCAAAAAUGACGACCUACGAAGAAUUCUUGCUGCAAAACGAGGAGAGGGACGGCAUCCACUUCACCUGGAAUGUGUGGCCGACCAGCCGGAUUGACGCCCAGCGUCUCGUUGUCCCCCUCGGGGCCCUAUAUCAACCGCUGAAAGAACGCCCAGAUUUGCCACCCGUGCAAUACGACCCUGUUCUUUGCAGUGGCAAUGCCUGCCGUGCCAUCCUGAAUCCCUUUUGCCAGGUGGACUACAGAGCAAAACUCUGGGUGUGCAACUUCUGCUUUCAGAGGAAUCCCUUUCCCCCUCAGUAUGCAGCCAUCUCGGAACAACACCAACCGGCAGAGUUGAUACCUCAGUUCUCCACCAUAGAGUACACACUCAUGCGGAAUCAAGGCUUGCCACCGAUAUUCCUGUUUGUGGUGGAUACAUGCGGCGAUGAAGAGGAACUCACAGCAGUCCGCGAUUCCUUGCAAAUGUCACUCAGCCUUUUGCCACCGAAUGCUCUAGUUGGACUCAUAACCUUUGGAAAAAUCAUUCAGGUGCACGAAUUGUGUAGUGAAGGUGUUUCGAAGAGCUAUGUAUUCCGUGGCACCAAGGACCUGACCGCAAAGCAGGUGCAGGACAUGCUGGGCAUCGGCAAAGUGGCCCCAACAAUGCCGAGGCAGCAGCCGCAGCAGCCUGGCAUGCCCACCAUGAUGCAGCCUCAAGCUCAACAGCCGCAGAGUCCAGCCAACAGAUUCCUCCAACCUGUGCACAAGUGUGAAAUGAGUCUGACCGACCUGCUCACCGAACUGCAGAUUGACCCCUGGCCAGUGUCGCAGGGAAAGAGACCGCUCAGAGCAACUGGAGUUGCGCUCUCUAUAGCCGUUGGAUUGCUGGAGGCUACUCUUUGCAUUGGUCCUGAUUUUAAGAACUAUGGUGCUAGGUGCUCGUACCCAAACACCGGUGCUAGAAUCAUGCUGUUUGUCGGCGGGCCGUGCUCCGAGGGGCCUGGCCAAGUAGUCAACGAUGAGCUGAAGCAGCCGAUCCGCUCGCACCACGAUAUCCACAAGGACGCUGCCAAGUACAUGAAAAAGGCCAUCAAGCACUACGAGGGUUUGGCGGCCAGAGCGGCGACCAAUGGCCAUGCCAUCGACAUUUACUCUUGCGCGCUCGACCAAACUGGCCUUUUGGAGAUGAAGCAGUGCUGCAAUGCUACUGGGGGCCACAUGGUGAUGGGAGACUCGUUCAAUUCAACCCUUUUCAAACAAACUUUCCAACGAGUUUUCAUCCGUGACGAAAAAAAUGACUUCAAGAUGGCCUUCAAUGGAGUUUUGGAAGUGAAAACCUCGAGGGAACUGAAAGUGCACGGAGCCAUCGGUCCUUGCGUCUCAAUGAACAUCAAAGGCCGUGCCGUGUCGGAAACAGAAAUCGGCUUAGGAAACACCUGUCAAUGGAAGUUAUGUACAUUAAGUCCCAGCACGUCUGUUGCAGUAUUUUUCGAAGUUGUUAGUCAACAUACUGCACCCAUUCCACAAGGCGGCAGAGGUUGCGUUCAGUUCAUUACCCAAUACCAACAUUCUAGUGGACAAAGAAGAGUUCGUGUGACAACCUUAACUAGAAAUUGGGCUGACGCCUCGUCUAAUUUGAUGCACAUUGGGGCCGGCUUCGAUCAAGAAUGCGCAGCAGUGUUGAUGGCCAGACAGGCUGUCUUCAAGGCGGAGAACGACGAGACUCCCGACACACUGCGCUGGGUGGACAGGAUGCUGAUUCGCCUCUGUCAAAAGUUUGGUGAAUACAACAAGGACGACCCAAACAGCUUCCGACUGCCGGACAAUUUCAGUUUAUACCCGCAAUUCAUGUACCACUUGCGUCGCUCACAAUUCCUGCAAGUCUUCAACAACAGCCCGGACGAAACGUCGUUCUACCGGCACAUGCUGAUGAGAGAAGACCUGAACCAGUCCCUGGUGAUGAUCCAGCCGAUUUUGUACAGUUACAACUUCAACGGCCCCCCGGAGCCAGUCCUGCUGGACACAAGCAGCAUCCAGCCCGACAGGAUCCUGCUGAUGGACACGUUUUUCCAAAUCCUUAUUUUCCACGGAGAGACGAUUGCCCAGUGGCGAGCCCAAUCCUACCAUGAGAAGCCCGAGUACGAAAACUUCAAACAGCUGCUGCAAGCGCCGAUCGAUGAUGCCCAGGAGAUCCUGCAGAGUCGCUUCCCGAUGCCGCGCUACAUCAACUGUGAGCAGGGUGGAUCACAGGCUCGCUUCCUCCUUUCGAAAGUGAAUCCGUCGCAAACCCACAACAACAUGUAUGCGUACGGAGGCCUCAUGGCGCCAGUUCAGCAAUCGGCCGAUGGCGGUGCUCCAGUUUUGACUGACGACGUGAGUCUUCAGGUGUUCAUGGAACACCUUAAGAAGCUGGCCGUCUCGUCCACGGCUUGAAGUGACACCAGGGAGCGCCGAUAAUAAAUUGUUGUUUUAAAUUUAUUUCCAUUUGUUACACAAAGUUUUACUGCGAUUUGGAAUUUAUACGGAAACAGCAGAUUGGCUAAAUGUGUACCGAAAGCUGCUGGAAGUAAAUAAAAGGUUCGUUGACCAUAA